CUCGGCGCAGCAGGUGUACGGCGAGAAGCGGGACAACAUGGUUAUCCCCGUCCCCGAGGCAGAGUGCAACAUCACGCACUACGAGUCCCUCUACCCCGGGGAGUUCAAGAUGCCAAAGCAGCUUAUUCACAUACAGCCUGCAGCUAUCCCUUCCUGACCCUCUCUUGCUGCUUCAGCUGCCACAGCUGCACCAGUUCAAGCCGGGAAGUAUUCAAAACAAAUUAAUUGGGAUAGCUAAUCACACUGGUCAGAUUGCUCAGCUUUCCCACAUGUUUUCUUAACUUUCCGUUUUGCUGAUGCCUCUGCUCCAGACUGCGUGAAGCAAACCAAUGCAGCUCUUCUAUGAAAUAAGAUUAUACUGAUUAGUAAUGGUCAAAAAAAAAAAAAUGAAUAUGUGGUGGUCAGUGCUGAUAAUGCGUAGGGCUGCCACAAAUAAAUGAAUGCAUGGGAAACACUGGACUGUAAAAGCUCAUUCAUCUGAAGAGAAUGGCAUUAAAGAAACAAUCCAGGAUCACAAUAUAAAAUAUUUCUCAACAAGAAUAUUUGUUGAAUAUUAGAGCAAAUUCCAUGUGUUUGGUGUACACUGCAGCCAUCACAUUCACUGUUUGAAUCAGCAACAGGGAAACCUUUGUGGCUACUGUUGCAGAUACUUUCACCAUCAUCUUUAUCUCUCUAUUUUCUACUGCCUAACAGUUAAAAUAUAGGGCAGUGAGUGCUGCAUACCUUCCCAAAUGCUUGAGGUUUUGACAGGUUAAUGUGUUGAUUAUAGUGGCGCUCUGACAGCAACAGUGCAGUAAACCUACUUUUUUCUCAUCCACGGGUCAUGGUAGCUGAUGGAUUACAACAGACAACCACUUUCCCCAUUUUAGCAGACUAAUAUGUUAUUGUCCGGAGAUUCCCCAGGCCAUUUCUGGAGAUUGUGGCCAGACUGACUGGUAAAGCAAAAGGAAAAAAAAAAAAAAAUCAAGUCACAGGCAAUAUUUAUGAGCAAGUGGCUGGUUAUGUUCCCAGCCCGGGUGCUGGUGUUUGUCCUCGAGCACUGCUUUAUUGAGUUGGUGAAGGCACAGACCCAAACACAAGCACAGUGCUUUGUCAUGAUAAAAUGGUGUGUUUAUUUUUUGUCCAACAUUUGGCAGCAGUUGUCUGAAGUUAAAGACUGAGCAUUUUAUACCCUGUGGCUAAUGUUUAUUGACUUUGCAUGAAAUGUACUGCUGCUAAAUACAAAAGGCUCUGCAUCAUAAAAUCAUGACAUGGCAUUAAGUCUUCUAAUGACAUAUUUUUAUCUGGGGUCAUCAGCCACAAUAUUUAUGAAAAAUUUGUUUUCCUGUGAAAGUUAAAAUUAAAUAUGUCCUGAUACUUAUUCAAUGUGUGCGUGCACAACACAGCUCGCUAAUAGCGUUUACAGAAGGGAAGUUGUGUUUAGUUGACGCAGUCCUGUGUCUUUUUCUCCAGUAACCAACUGCUCUCCAUCUCACAGCUUUCAGUUUGGAUACAGAGCAGCCAGACUACGACCUAGAUUCAGAGGAUGACACGUUUGUGAAUAAGCUGAAGAAGAAGAUGGAAAUCACCUCCCUGCAGUUUGAAGAAAUGAUAGACCGACUGGAGAAAGGCAGUGGGCAGCAGCUUGUAAGUCUGCAGGAAGCCAAACUGCUGCUGAAAGAGGACGACGAACUGAUCAAGGAGGUGUUCGACUACUGGAGCCGCAAGAGGAAAACCUGCAAGGGUGGCUCCCUCAUCCCCAAUGUCAAGCAGGAGAAGAGGGAUGGCUCUAGCACCAGCGACCCCUACGUGGCCUUCCGCCGACGGACGGAGAAGAUGCAGACCAGAAAGAACCGAAAGAAUGACGAGGCGUCGUAUGAGAAGAUGCUGAAGCUGCGCAGAGACCUGAGCCGAGCCGUCACCAUCCUAGAGAUGAUCAAGAGGCGAGAGAAGAGCAAGAGGGAACUGCUGCACCUCACGCUGGAGAUUGUGGAGAAGAGGAACACAAUGCCAGACUUUGGCAGCGAGGUGAUGGCAGAGGCUUUGGCGCAGCGGGCUCUCGUGAAGCCUGUCUACACCAUCCCCAUCAUUCCCCUGUCCAGCAGCAACCAGUACAGACACCAGGACCACUUGGACAUGAAGGACUACAAGAAGCCGGAGAAGACAGAGGCAGUACGAACCAAAAGGAAAUACGAAAAGAAACCCAAGAUCCCUCCUCUGUCAGCACCUCAACAUUCAGGGCCCUCGGUGUUCAAUCCCAAGGACCUCAACCAGUACGAUUUCCCCAGCUCAGACGAAGAACCAUUCUCACAGAUCCAUUCAGGUUCUUCGGAGGCAGAAGAAGAGAAUGACCCAGAUGGCUGCUUUGCGUUCAGGAGGAAGGCUGGCUGUCAGUACUACGCUUCUCAUCCUGACCAGAGUGGCAACUGGCCCUGGGUAAGCCCGUCAGAGGGCGGGCUCGGCGACCCACGCUUCCGCUACUGUCUGACCUCGCUCAACAUGCCACGGCGCUGCAUAGGUUUGGCACGGCGGCGCGUGGGCAGAGGGGGCAGGGUCUUGUUGGACAGAGCGCACACGGAUCUCGACAACAUCUGUCAGAGCCUGGACUCCGACCCGGAACCCGAACCACUCGCCUCACCACUUCCAAGCUCUCCGCUCCGCAACUCUAACACCAGUACCUCAGAAACCAAUACCUCGGACCCAACCAGCUCCUCCCACCUCCCCACCUCUUCAUCACCCCUGUCGUCGUCGCCAUCGCAAACACCUAUGGACCUCAGCCAGAUUCUUUUGAACAUUAAAUCUUGCCGCUGGAGGCACUUCAGACCACGGACGCUAUCCCAUCACCCCUUGGGUGGCGGAGACUUGUCUCGCAGAGGAUUUAGGGAUUGUAGCCGGACAGUGUCAGGACUAACCCGGACCUUGUCUGGAGGAUCCAGCUCCCAGAACCGCAUUGGCUCGGCCCCCCCCCCUUUCCACGUGUUCACAGCAGAGCAGUACCAGCAGCACCAGGAGCAGCUGGCCAUCAUGCAGAAACAGCAGCUGGAGCAGAGCCAACAGCAGCAACAAGCCAACAUCCCUGCAACAACCACCAACACACAGGCACUUGUGUCCAAGACGCUGGACCAGGCCAGUGCCCAGUUUGCUGCCUCGGCCCUCGUCACCACGGACCAGCUGCUGGCCUUCAAGUCCAAAGAGGAGCUGGUGCUGGCGAGCGGAGUCAACGGGGUCCUGGCAGGUGCAGGUGUUUUUAAAGGCUUGCACCUCUCCAGCACAACAGCAGCGCUUCACCAGACCAACCAGUCGUCACACACUACCGCCUCCUCAGCCCCGACCUUCCUCCAGCCCUCCUCCAAUUCGGCCGCGCCCUCACCCGCCAACGCCGUCCCCACCUCCCUCACCUCCACACCCAGCGCCCAUGCGGCAGCAGCGCUGGGGCUCCUGGGAUGCAGCGCCGCCAACGCCACCCCCGCCACCACUCAGGUCCUCAUCGGGAACAACAUCUGUCUGAGCGUGCCGUCGGCCGCCAGCCUGGCCGGACGCCACAUCCCCCGGACCCUCGGCAACGUGCCACCCUCUGCCUUAAAGCUGUCCGCCACCACAAACCUGCAGAUGCCCAAAGUCUCCGGAGCAUCGCCCAUGGACAUGGGCUCAAGGGAUAAUCACGACGAAGACAAGCCAGCACUGAACAGUAUAGCAGACAACACAGUGGCCAUGGAGGUGACGUAGUAGCGGUGCAGCGAGGAGUCCGCUCUUUUAGGUGCUGUGCAUCGUAGCAUCGGGAAUGCAAAAGGGACAGCAGGACUCUGACGCAGACUGACAGAACGACGAGAGGCCGCGGCCGCUCGCUUGCAAUUCUCAUCUCUCAUACUUUUUAAACCUUUUUUUGUUUUGUUUUGUUUUUGUUACUGUUAAAAGUAAAAGAUUGACAUCUGUAAAUUAUGAAUAUGGCAAAAAUUAGUAUCUGUACAGUAACUACAUAUUUGUAAUAUCCCCCUUGUAUAUAUUACUUGAAUACAGAACUGUCCAUUUGUGAUGUUUUGCACUUGGGAGUCAAACUUAAAGGAAAAAAAAGUAAAGCCAAGUAACUUGUGGCGAGUGUGAGAGAUGUGGGAGUUGUAUAGAGAAGAGUUUUAUCACUUCAUGUGCAUGGUGCGGAGCCUGCUGUUUUUAUCUAUUUAUUGUGCUGUGUUUACAGUUUUUUUGUUUUUGUUUUUUGGUUUGUUUUGUUUUUUUUAUUUGUACACUGUACCUUUGUUGGUUCAUGUGCUGUAGUAAAUGUUAGGUAGCUACGGACUCCUGGGUAUUUUUGUAUAUUGUGAACACAAAGCAGGUCCCCCUCCACACCCCCACACCCCCGCCCUCGCCCCCCCAUUUCCCCUUCACAUUUAUUUUGGGUCCCUGUGCUUCUCUCUGUUUAUCAUGUGAAAAUCAAUGGUGACAUACAUACAGGACCGGGAGGCCAGGAGAACCCGGAGGAGGAGGAGGAGGAUGAAGAGGAGGUGGUGGUGUGUUGGCUUGAAGAGGGUGCUCCUCUCUUCCCGGGAGCGUGCAUAAGCAUUGUCCCAAACACAAGUAACAAAACAGGGAUGAAGUCUCUUCCCAGAAGCCUUUGCUGCUUCUGAUUAAAGCACUAUUUUUUGUGAUGUUUUCUCUUUUUUUUUUUCAUGGUUUUGAUAAAUAUCCUGAUGCUGCUUUUGUAUUUUAUUUUCAAAGGGGUUGUCCUUCAUUUUCAUGCAAGCGGAGUCCCCCUUUAUAUUUGUUUUAUCCCACAAACAUUUUUUGUAAAACAAAAACUGAGUUAUUUUUGUAUAAUUUUUUUUUUCUUGUUCUUGUGGUAAACUUGAUUGUAAGCUUUUCAUUUAUUGAAAGACUUCAUUCUUUUGUUAAUUUGUUACUUGUUCAUGCAUAGGUGAUAAUAAGGGAGGUGAAUGGGCAGUAAUCGCUGUACGUGUUUCAUCAUUCCAGUUUUUAAUAACAAAAAAAUGCUAACGAGGGGUCGGAGAGGUCGUGAGAAAACAACCGUUUUUUUCCCCUCACUUCUCCUUUUUUUUUCUUUUUUUUUCUUUUUUUUUUUUUUUUUUUCUUUUUUCUUUUUCUUUGAAAAAAGAAUCUCCAGACGGCUGCAAGGCCAAAAACCACAAGUAUUGGGUGCCUUCCUUUGGGGAAUUUUAUGUUCUCUCUUCUGUGAAGAGUUAGGCACAAAGGCAGCAUUACUUAGUAGUGCUUCUCGUCUUUGUCAGAAUCUGAAUGCCCAGUCCAAUGGCAGGAUAUAUCCUUGAGGUUUACUUGUCCCACCUGGAGGCUGAAAAGACUAAAAAAAUGUGACAGAACUCUCACUAAAAUAAGACAAUAAAGCCCAGGGCAUUAAAUGUGAA